UUUUUAAUAAACAAAAUAAAUAAAUAAUUGUUUUAAACUUAACUCUUUGUCAAGUCAAGUGUGGGAACAACAACGCAACACAAUGCAUUUCCUGAGGAUGUAUCUUAUGAGCUUAUACUACCUUGUAUCGGCAAAUGUACUCGCUUAUGGAUUAACCAACGAUAACGGCAGUAAAACAAGUUUAUUACCAUCAUCUUCUGCUGAAAACGACCAACAUGACCACCAACGCCAAGACCAAGACCAACCCAAAGCGACUUACCUUAGGCCUGCUGAAGCUACUCGUACCAUGCCAAGGAAGACCAUCAAAUCGGAUAAAAGUCCACACAUUCUGAAUAAGAAAUUACUUAACAAAUUAGGACUGGCAAAGGUUCGCGCCCCGAACAGCCACAACCGGAAACGUCUGGCCGUGGAGUCACGCCGUCACGCUUCGCCCGAUGAUUCACACAUGUUCAUCAUUAAGCUGCCACCAAACCUAUACUAUUACACGGGCCCAAAAGCAGGAGGUACCAGCACCGCCAGCAAUUCUGCCGCCACCUCCACUGCCGCAAAGAACAACGCUCUGGAUCAGGGUAACGGGAAAAAGGUCUCAUUUAAUUUUAAUUCGAAUGGCAAACCCAGUCAUAUUUACCAUUGGAACUUACCUGUUAUCAAGAAGAUACUCUCAAACGAAUCACGAUUUCCUACGUUACGUUCGAAGGACGACUUAAUCGACAUAAAAAACACUCCAACAUGGUCGAAACCCUGGGAGAACGAGACAAUUGAAAAGUCCUUCGGCAAGUCCAAUAUGGCAGAGAAGAAAUCCAUGAAGAGGAAAUCCCCAUCGUACUAUGCUCCGGCAAAUUCAAUCAACAAAAACAGUUUCAACAAGUACUUCGCCGGCAAUGGAAAACCUAAGGGCUUCUAUGUUAUCAAAAAGAAUCAUAAAAAGGCGACAUACUUCAGGAACAUAACUCCUUGAAGGUCAGACUCCGCUUCAGACUAUAAUGAAUAAAAAAUAAGACAUCGUUACUUACACAUAAAUAUAUACUUUCCUACCGCAAUCAUAUAAAUGGAAUCAAUUCUUUUGUACUUUUAUACGAGUUAAAUCAGCAGCAACAACAUCACCAUCAUUAUCAUCGGUAAUGUGGUAGGAAGUUCUUAUAGAUAAAUACAAAUAAAAUAAUAAAUUAGACUUAUAUAAGUAAAGUAGCAGAUUAAUUUAUUUUAUAUUUUUUUUUAGAUAAUAGUUUGUUUGGUUGGUGAAUUUAUGAAUUUUAAUUUGAGAAUGCACGAAAUUUGCAUUUUUUACAAUUCUUUUUUAUUUUACAUUAUUAUUAAGGGGUAAAUAAUAAAAAAAUAAUAACAUCGAAGUAAUAAUAGAUUAUUGUGUAAGUUAAAUAUUUGUUUUAUUUGUUAAUUGUAUGAUUGUACGUCCAUAUAAAAAAUAUACUUUUGUAAGCACACACUGACUGAUAAAUACUUUUAAACCAUUAAAUUUUGCAAUAAGA